UCACUCUUACUUCCUGUUUCUGUUGUGCCUGUAAUUCAAAGGGCCAGCCUUGUCACACUGUGUCACGCUGAAUAUCCCCGAGAACUACGUGUCUGUGGAGUGCUCAGCCACUUGCACGUUAAUUUCACGAGCAGGCUGUUCCGUUGAUCGGAUCAACUGGAACCCUCGUCGUCGCAAGCGACGGAGUGCCAACAACGUUGUUUAUUGGAAAGGGGACGUAAAACUGUUGGAAAAUUCUGUAUUUCCGGUUUGUUGUUUUUCUUCGUAUUCUGAAUCUGUGUUGGAUCAACGGUGAAUAUAAAAGCAGUUGUUGUAUCUGUGGUUAAGAGUAUUUAAGUGGUACGUAGAAAAGAUACAGAGUGAAGUUCAACUGUACAGAGGUUUUCAGGAGAGGAACUGAUGAUACAUUGCGGACAGAUUAUUGGAAAGUAAAAUUAACCACAAGACAUCGUCAUAAACAGUAUUACACCUGAAAUUACCAAGUUACUUAUCAAGUUCUAUGAAUGUAAUGAUGCAGUGAAAAGCUGACAUGUCUCAAUUGAGAAGUCAUUUUAUAACAAGUAAAGCUUAAAUUAAUACAAACUUGUUCAAGAACACAAAAAGUCUGACCAUAGGAACAUUUGGAAGCAUUCUAAAUUCAGUAAAGUCUGGUUCUGUUUAAGAAAAUAUGUUCCUCUGUAAAAUUGUUGAAGGAAUAUUUGUUGUGAGGAAAACUUGUUUCAUUGGAAAGGUUUUCUUAGAAAGGAAAUAAUUUGUUAGAUAAUGUUGGAAACAGAAGAAAAACCUCACAUAUGUGAUGUUUGUGGGGAGCUGUUCCCUGUGGAUUCUGACUUAUUAGUUCAUAAAUGUACUCACAAUGGAAAUAAUAUAAUCAAAUGUGAAAAUUGUGAUAAAAUAUUUUCUUGUAUCAGUCAGUUGUCAGUCCACAAACGUCUACACACUGGACAAAAAACAUACCAAUGUAGUAUUUGUGAGAAAGUAUUUGCUUACAGAAGUACUUUAGCAGUUCAUGAAAGUACACAUGCUGAAAGAAAACCAUACUGCUGUGAGAUUUGUGGAAAAAAAUUUUCAACGAAGAAUAACUUUACAAAUCAUAAACACAUUCACACAGGAAAAAAACCAUACUCCUGUGAACAUUGUGGGAAAGCAUUUUCCAGUCAGAGUAACUUAUUUUACCACAAGCGCCAAAACACCAUAGAAAAAUCAUUGCAGUGUGAUAUUUGUGAGAAAAUAUUUUCUUAUAAUUGCCAACUGUCGGAUCAUAAACGUACCCACCUUGGCAAAAAGUCUUACCAGUGUGACAUUUGCAUGAAAAAAUGCUGUAAUAAUUACACUUUAUCAAACCAUAAACGUAUUCAUACAGGGGAAAAACCAUUUCAAUGUGACAUCUGUGGGAAAUCUCUUUCUUCUAGCACUAAUUUAUCAUAUCAUAAGCGAAUGCAUACUGGAGAAAAACCAUAUCAGUGUCAACUCUGUGGAAAAGCAUUUUCUUACAAAUUUAAAUUAUCAAAUCAUGUACGUACACACACUGAAGAAAAACCUACCUGUGAAAUAUGUGGCAAAGAAUUUUCUGGAAAUGAUAAAUUAUCAAUUCAUAGGCGUAUUCACACUGGUGAAAAGCCAUACAAGUGUGGUAUUUGUGGGAAAGCUUUUUCUGAUGGCAGCAAUCUUAUAGCUCAUAAACGUACACAUACAGGAGAAAAGCCAUAUCCCUGUGAUAUCUGUGGGAAAGCAUUUUCUUUUAGCAGCAGAUUAUUACUUCAUAAACGUAUUCAUACUGGAGAGAAACCAUAUCUCUGUGAUAUCUGUGGGAAAACAGUUUCUGAUAGCAGCAAUUUAUCAGCCCAUAAACGUAUUCACAUUUGGGAAUAGCUAUAUUGCUGCAAAGUUACCAGCAACUCUGUCUACAAUAAUCAAUGCUGAUCUUGGGAAACAUGCAAUACUGUAUCUCAUUCCCAAGAACGGCAACAUUUCUGACUCUCCUAAUUAUCAUUCUAUUUCAUUUACAAUAUUACUAAGGUAAUAGAAACAGCCAUUAGCAAUUACCCUCUAACAUCUCUCUUUUUAAUGACCAGCUGUAUGAUUUCCCUUAAGCCAAAUCCACUAGUCACUUCCAUAUGUCACCCACUAAUGGGCUCUUACCUUGGAGAUAUUUGGUGAAAGCUCUGUUUUCACCCUCAACAUCAGCCAAACUUUCAACUAUGUCUGACAUAUGAAUCUGCUAUCGCCUGCUUAUGAGCUUCACAUGUCUCUUAUUACUUGGAUCAGUAACUUUUUAUCAGAUUAUAUUAUUGUGGCAUGUCUUGACAGAGCUGUUAGUGCCCCUUAUUCUAUAAAUUCUAGUGUACACCAAAGUUUGAUUUUGUUUCCUCAAUACUUCUCCUUCCAUAUUAAUGGUCUUGUCAUCAUGUUCAACAAUGUCUACUCUAUGUAAAUGACCUUACCCUUCAUUCUCGCUCGACCCUACCCAACAAUGUAUCAGUCUCAUGCAAUUCAGACACCCAAAGGUCAAACGUGCCCUAACUCCAUGAAUGGGGAUUGUAAAAGUAGACAUUUGAGCGAGAUCGUUGCCAGUGCCGCCGAACUGGCUCCUGUGCAGGUGACACGUAAAAUACACCAUUUUGAGCGUGGUCAUUGCCAGUAUCACCUGACUGGCCUUCGUGCCGGUGGCACGUAAAAGCACCCACUACACUCUUGGAGUGGUUGGCGUUAGGAAGGGCAUCCAGCUGUAGAAACUCUGCCAAAUCAGAUUGGAGCCUGGUGUAGCCAUCUGGUUUUCACCAGUCCUCAGUCAAAUCGUCCAAUCCAUGCUAGCAUGGAAAGCGGACGUUAAACGACGAUGAUGAUGAUGAUGAUGAUGAUCAUUGAACGGAGAUAUGUUAGUCUUGUCCCUUUCAACAGCAAGAAAACACAAAUGUUACUCAUCAAGAUAUUAUCAUCAUACCUCACCCUCUUAAACAUGGACUGCAUGCUACUAGAGACCUUGCCAUUGUUCCAAAUGUUGGGCCUCAUUAUUAUUGAGGACCUCUCCUGACAGAAGCAUAUCUCUAAUGUAGCGAGGCAAACAGCCCAAUACUGAUCAUUCUUUUUAGAGUCAGAAGAUACUUCAGCUCCCAACAACUAUUGAUACACCAUACAUCUCAGGAGAGACCCAAAAUGUAGCAUUACUCUUCCAUCUGGGAUGUUGCUGUUGUUUCACAUGCAGACAUUCUUAACCAAUUUCCAAGAAGAACCAUCUGACUGAGUUGCUAAAAUGUCAGUCACAGACAUACUCCAGCAUCUGGACCAAAGAUGUGUUGUAUUCUUGCUUCUGCCUUUUCUACUGCAGCUAUAAUGGUUUCUACUCUUUGGUGCUGGUUAGGCUGAUAUCUCUAUGCAGACGUUUCUCACCAACAUGUUUCUACUCCUUCGAUCACCCAAGUCUGCAGAAUUUCAUAAGUUUCUGUAGCGUUUUCGUCCAGUCUAACCCAAAACCUUAUUGCAUAGCAAUCUUCCAAAUUAUCUUCACGUCCCGACAGUAUUCUGCAAACUGGUCAGCUGUGACAUGCAGUAUUUCGUAGAGUGUGUUCAAAGAGAUAUUACAGCUAUUUCUUUCAUUCUGAAAUUAAAAAAAGAAAAAGAAAAUGGUAGGUCAUCUUAUUAAAUGUGUAGUAACGAUUUACUGUGGAGGCGCAAUGGCCCACUGGUUAGGGCGGCGGACUCGCGGUCAUAGAAUCGCGGUUUCGAUUCCCAGGCCGGCCGUUGUGAGUGUUUAUUGAGCGAAAACACCUAAAACUCCACGAGGCUCCGGCAGGGGAUGGUGGCGAACCCUGCUGUACUCUUUCACCACAGCUUUCUCUCACUCUUACUUCCUGUUUCUGUUGUGCCUGUAAUUCAAAGGGUCAGCCUUGUCACACUCUGUGUCACGCUGAAUACCCCCGAGAACUACGUUAAGGGUACACGUGUCUGUGGAGUGCUCAGCCACUUGCACGUUAAUUUCACGAGCAGGCUGUUCCGUUGAUCGGAUCGACUGGAACCCUCGACGUCGUAAGCGACUGAGUGCCAACAACAACAACAAUGAUUUACUAAAAUUAUAGUAAUCUAAGACAGUUAUAACUGCCUCUCUUAAAUAAGUUUCAAAUCUUCUGGAAUGCACCUCAUUUUGAAGUAAAAGAAGCCUUAUUAUUAUUGUUGUUGUUGUUUGUCGAGCCAUGCCUGGCUCAUAAGGGCUGGUUUCCCGGUUUCACUGGCGUAUAGAUUCCCCACCUGGACGGGACGCCAGUCCAUUGCAGGUGAGCUGCUAGAUGCAGGAGGAAAGAGUGAGAGAAAGUUGUGGCGAAGGAGCCAGCAGAAGUUCGCCAUUACCUUCUGCCGGAGCCGCGUGGAGCUUAGGUGUUUCGCUCAUAAACACACACACACACACAUCACCCGGUCUGAGAUUCGAACCCGCUGCUCUGACCACUAAGCCACGUGCCUCUGCGAAGCCUUAUUAUGUUGAAAAAAAUUCUUUAUGUUGAAAAAUUUCUUCUGAAUUAGUUAAGUACUUGAGAACACAUUUUACCUUUCGUCUUUUCUACUUAACAUUAUACUAAAACUACAGCGUUUGUAGUUAUGUUAGCGCUAACAUGUAAAUGGCACCUAAGAAUAAUUUAUUGCUAAUUAAGCUCAAGUCAGCUGUGAUCAAAGGUAUUCCAGAUAUGACUAUCCUGUCUUUUAUUCAGACAUUGUACCUUGGUCUACAUUAUCGAAUGUAUCCAACAUCCAUUGUUUUUAAUUGAGAUCUAUUGGAUCUGAGAUCACCUUUUUCAAUGUGCUCUUUUUCUAAGAAGUUAUCUGAGGGAGAUUUGACAGCUAUUUCUAGCUGGCCGAACGACUAUGUAAAGGCUCUCCUGUUGGCUCAUGCAGGUCGCAGUACGGUGAAUUAAUGUUUAGUAGACCGACAUCUCUGUUUUACACAUUCAGGUAACAAUUUAUCAAAAUAAAUUGUUUUGAUAUCGUCAACAAUUACAAAUAUCUCAUUAAUUUGUUAUUAGCGAUGGAAGCAGUAUUAGUUCAGAAUAGUAUUCUGUAUAUCUUACUUAACGUGGAUAUACUGUAAGAAAGCCACAACACUGCGGUAUUCGUCUUGAGAAAGCAUUUCGUAUAGACGCAUAAAGCUAAAAGAAGUAUCAGCAGCAGCAACAGCAGACGAAAGCGUCCAGCAGCGUCGGUGGAAUUGCUAGAUGCAGGAUUUCUGCGUAUUUGAUUGCUGUGAUUCCCUUAACAAGAUGUUGACUAGCUGUAGUCCUUUUAAACCCUAAACUACUGUAGUACUUUGUCCUGACUCUAGAGGGAGAGGAUAGGAUUAGGUGGUAGAGUCUAGUUCGAGGAUUUCCAUAGUUCUCAAAGCGAAAGCUUGGUACUCGACUUUUCAAGGCUUCUGCACGCACGCAUAAGUAUGCAUAUUUGAUAUCUUUUUCUUCAAUACAUAGUGUUGGUUUAGCACUGACCACUCAGUUGCUGUCUGCUGCAUGGAAGCAAUCUACUUGGAAUAGUAGCGUUAGAUUGUUAUAAGUCUCAGAGUAGAAACCAUACUUUGAUAGGUCAACGAGGAAGCUUCCAUGUGGUCAUUCGUUGUGUAAGAAACAGCUGACAAAUUUCCUUCAAAUUCUAUUCUAUCAUCUUAAAAUGGUUAAAUAUACUGGAUAAUCUAAUAUUGAGUAUACUGUUAGAAAAGAUGACAAGAUAGUCACAGUUAAAAUACCAAUCCAAUUGUAUUUCUGACCUUGAUUUUCCGUAAUAUAUGUGAACGUCUUAAAAAAACAGCAGAAGCCACGAAGUAAGCUAUGAGAUAUCUAUAAAAGUGUCUUAUAAAGUUUGCAAAAUAUUCGUACAGACACUGCUAGAUAAUAUUUGCAAAUACUUUGGAAAAAUACACGAUAAUGUCAACAGUAGCUAUGAUUAAGAUAGGAAGUAGCAUACUUUUAAAAUCACUGGUUCACGCAAUGCGACUGCAAUUAUACACCAGAAAUAGCCAAACUCAUAAAAGCAUGAGACAACUUCAAACACAAUAAAGCAAAACAUUGCAUAGCCAAAAUAAAACCCAGCAUCAAAGAAUGAGGUAGAAAAAUAUAAAUAAACUUCAGAAAAGUGACCAAUAUUUAGAUCUAACAUAAGCCACAAAACAAAUACUAAACUACCAGAAAGAGAGAGUCAUUAUUAUCAUUGUGAUUGUUGUCAUAGUCGUCAUCGUCAUCGUCAUCAACAACAACGGUCAGACGACAUAUAUACACUGCAACGCCAAAUAAACACCCUUAUCAGACAAUACGGGAAAACCAGCCACCAGAAACCUAUACAAAGGAUGGUUUUGACCCUUUCUGUUAGACACCACAAAAAGCGUUAGGAAUAUCUAAAAUCCCCAUGACAAUUCUAAAGCACAAUAAAAACCCAAGUGAUGUAAUAAACCAUCAAGAAUUUGAGAAAGGAAAAGCUAAUCUUUCGUACCACAAACCCUCCUCUUCAAAUCACAAAUCAUAACACAGACCAUUUCUUUUAACCAUCACACUGCUCGUAAAUCUUCCAUACCUUUCGUUGUAAUUACCAUCGGCAUCAGCAAAGCUUUCAACUUGAUUUCUCGUUACACACUCAUAAAAAGCACUCAACAUUACAAAAAUACUGGCUAGCAAUGCAGCAAUCUGGUUGCCAGGCAAAGUACUAAUCGAAUCACAAUGCCUAAACAGUGUGCAGAAAGAACACUUCCAGCUAUUGCAAUUUUCCGGGGAAUAUGAAGUAAAUCCAUUCUCUUAUUCACUCCUUUCAUACUAUGCUUGCAAGAAUUUGCUCUCCGUAAAACAUACUCAGAGAGCCUCAUACGCAGAUGACAUCGUAGUCCCCUCUCAUAUUCAGAUACUCUUGCACAACUACUGUACAAUUCAUCUAGAAACUUGACUUCAUAAAAGUACCAACCAAAUCCACUGUGUCCUUUGUUACAACAGCAGAAAACAUUCAAAUGCAACCAAUCAUCUCACUGGUGCACAAAUACAGCGAAACAAAAAUAUUAAAACCAAUGAGAUGUGAGGGGCACAGUUUGUUGCUCCAAUAAGCUUUAAAGUUCGCAGUCCUCGUCACUAUGAAAAAAACUACCUCCAAAGACCUAGAGUACUAUUGUGACAAUAAAGAAAUAACUGCCGAUCAAUAGCAUCACCUGGUCCAAACAUUGCCAGGUACACAUAAGCGGAGAGAAUCUAUAACAGUUGGUCACUGACGGAGUCCUCUUUCGCUGCCUCUGCUGAGGCUACCACCAUCAUUGGUAGGCAGAUAGCAAUAGAUGGGAGAGUACUAAGGAUACAUGACCAGACUGCACUCUGUAUCCAACGCGAUUUUGGAAUUCUGGGUCGCGCAUCGGUGUUUGGCCAUCUACCUGCAUGUCAUGGAACUGUUCAUCAAAUACUGGCCUUGUGCUACAAAAUACUAACCAUAAUUACGAGCUAUAACCCAGAUGGUAGAGAACAAAUAUCUUUCGUAGGACCAACAUAGUUUCUUAUUUCUUUGUUACCCACAAGGGGCUACACACAGAGGGGACAAACAAGGACAGACAAAGGGAUUAAGUCGAUUACAUCGACCCCAGUGCGUAACUGAUACUUAAUUUAUCGACCCCAAAAGUAUGAAAGGCAAAGUCGACCUCGGCGGAAUUUGAACUCAGUACGUAACGGCAGACGAAAUACCGCUAGGCAUUUCGCCCGGCGUGCUAACGUUUCUGCCAGCUCACCGCCUUACCAACAUAGUUUCUUGUGCUCUGUGAUUCAACCGAACCAUUAUGUAACACACGAGUAUGAAACGAUUCACUAUUACGAAUUUUGAUGGUUAGGUCAAACGCUGAUCGUUUCAAUCGCUUCUGGUCCUGUGUAUCUCGGCCGAGAGUGAAUUGCUUAAAACUUUCAAGCAUUAAAUUUAUCUAGCCCAUUUAUAUAUUGCACUGAAUUCUUUUCUUUUCGAGGUUUUUGACAUCAUCAGUAUUUUGGUAUUUUCAGCGUGAAUGGCUGUGUUGACUAUAUGAAAUAUAAAAAAAAAACAGGUAAAAGCAGUUAGAGAGAGAGAGAGAGGUGUGAAUGCAUGUAAGUACAUGCACAAACAUAUAUACAUACGAGUAAAUACACACACACACACAAAUACAUGCAUACCUAUUUACAUACAUACACAUAUACGUAUUCCUUUCUAAAGUCGACUUUGCCUAUCAACCUCUCAGGGACGAUAAAGUACUAGUUCAACACUAGAGUCAAUUCUUCUCUCACUAUUUCACUCUCUCCAUCGCUCUCUCUCUAGAAGAAAUUGUCUUUGGAGAGGUACGGGAAGUGAAGAGAAAUGAACUGCAGCAGCUGUAAGCUACGCAAAAUUAGCAAUUAGUCUGGAUUUUAUCAUCGUGAAUCGAACGCCAAGGAAGCAAGGAUAUAUUUUAUUCUAUUAUGCGCUUUCGUUCUUUCUUGUUUUUGACAAAUAUGUAUCCAAAUUCAUUAUCACAUAAAUCACUAUAUACUAUAUAUGAAAAAGCAGUACCCAAAUUGUGAAAUUUGUCUGAGAUAUGCGUAAAUAGUAUAUAAUAGCUAAUCCGAGGGGGGGAAAAAAAAAUGGUUAAUGGGCAAAGGGAAAUAAAUCUUGUAUCAUAAAGCAUGUUAUAUUAAGAGUUAUUUCCCAUAGAUUGUUAUUUCUUCAGGAUGACUUAUGUAAAAAAAAAAAAAAGUUGAAAUUACUUUUUAGUGGUAAUGAGAAAUGAUGUUACGUCAUACAUUGCAACAAGAAUGAAGGAAAAAUUAGUGAUAAAAUCACAGUAUAUACGCGGGCGCACAUACACACAAUCAUACGCAUAUAAUGUAAAGUAAAUAAAUAU